AUGUCCCACAAGCAUGAUACUCGUUCGCAGUCGCAGAGCAGCAGACUUCUCGUCAUCGGCACAGUGCUCUUCUACCUUGUAGCAGCACUAUGUAUGGUCAUGGCGAACAAAUGGGUUCUCAAAAUCACUGAUGCCCCGCUCUUCUUCCUCUUUUCCCAACUUGUUAUUGCCGUCAUUCUUUUCAUUGCCGCACAUACAACCCGCCUAUUAGUUCUGCCUUUAUAUGUGGACACCCAGCUUCUCAUCCAGCUCGCCCCCAACAUUGCGUUGAAUGUCGUGGGAUUGAGUUUCAGCAACUAUACCCUCAAGUUUGUCGACGCAUCUGUCUACCAAGUCGCACGUGGUCUCGUCCUCCCCUUCACAGUCCUUACCUCCUACUUCUUCCUCUCCGCGCGCCCGUCCCUCCGCAUUCUCUAUAGCUGUUCCAUUGUUACCCUCGGCUUCUUUGUUGGUAUCUUUCUUGAUUCUGUCCGCAUGGUUCUCGCCGGUAUUGUCUUUGGCGUUGCAAGUUCCGCAAUCACAGCAGUGCACAGCGUGGUCAUCAAAAAGAGUCUGGAUGUAGUCAAAGGCAGCGCCAUCAACCUGUCGUGGUAUACAAAUUUGUUCAGCGCGGUUGCGAUGAUCCCCGUCAUUGUAUUCGCCGGCGAGGUUCCAGCGAUUGAGGAUUUGAUUUACGGAGCAGGUGCUAUCGCCAAGGAAGGAAAGCUGAGCGAAUUGCAGACGUUCAUUUGGGGGUCGGUUAUCACGGGUGUGCUUGGCUUUAUGAUGAGCCUUGCCAGUCUUUUGUCCAUCAAGGUUACUUCGCCCAUCACACACAUGGUGUCCUCCGCAGUAAGAGGCGUAGCAGCAUCUAUAUUAGGGGUGGUGUUAUUUGAGGAUAUCAUCUCGGGUGGCCGUGUCUGCUCCAUUGCAAUCAUCCUUCUAGGGUCCGUUUACUUCACGUGGGUGAAACACGUCGAAUCUCAGCAAAGUCCCAAGGAUGGGGGCAAGUAUGACCGUGUUCCGCUGGAAGAUAUAGAAGCUGGAAAGGAAUUUGGCUCAAAACCUGAGUGA